CGAGCUCCGGGGCGCCGGCGGAGGAGCCCGGGCAGUCCUGCCGCGCGGGGCGCUGGAAGCGGAGGGGCCGCGGGGAGCGCAGCGCAGCGCCCGGAGCCCGGCAGUGGCGGCAGCAGCAGCAGCGGACGGAAGGAGCCGAGCUCGCUCCGCGCUCCCCUGAAUGACGGGCGGCAGGUUCGACUUCGACGAUGGCGGCACCUACUGCGGCGGCUGGGAGGAGGGCAAAGCCCACGGGCACGGCAUCUGCACCGGGCCCAAGGGGCAGGGCGAGUACGCGGGCUCCUGGUCCCACGGCUUCGAGGUGGUGGGCGGCUACACCUGGCCCAGCGGCAACACCUACCAGGGCUACUGGGCGCAGGGCAAGCGCCACGGGCUGGGCGUGGAGACCAAGGGCAGGUGGAUGUACCGGGGCGAGUGGUCCCACGGCUUCAAGGGGCGCUACGGGGUGCGGCAGAGCCUCACCACCCCGGCCCGCUACGAGGGCACCUGGAGCAACGGGCUGCAGGACGGCUACGGCGUGGAGACCUACGGGGACGGAGGUACAUACCAGGGACAGUGGACAGGAGGGAUGCGGCACGGAUAUGGUGUACGUCAAAGUGUACCUUAUGGCAUGGCAACUGUGAUCCGUUCACCCCUCCGAACAUCUCUAGUCUCACUUCGUAGUGAGCAGAGCAAUGGCACUGUUCUGCAUGACAUUACUUCAGACAGCCCAGCUGGAACAAGAGGUGGGUUUGUUUUGAAUUUUCACAGUGAACCGGAAGCCAUGGGUAGUAAGAAAAGAGGAGGCUUGUUCAGAAGAGGAUCCCUUCUUGGUAGUAUAAAACUUAGAAAAUCUGAAUCUAAAUCAUCAAUAUCUAGCAAACGUAGCUCUGUCAGGAGUGAUGCUGCUAUGAGCAGAAUUAGUUCUAGUGAUGCCAACUCUACGAUUAGUUUUGGAGAUGGUGACUGUGAUUAUUGCCCUAUGGAAGACCAUGUUGAUGCCACCACAACAGAAACGUACAUGGGAGAGUGGAAGAAUGACAAGCGCAAUGGUUUUGGUAUUAGUGAGCGUUCAAAUGGUAUGAAAUAUGAAGGAGAAUGGCUAAAUAAUAAAAGGCAUGGAUAUGGAUGCACCAUAUUUCCAGAUGGCACAAAGGAAGAGGGAAAAUAUAAAAACAAUGUUUUGGUCCGUGGAAUAAGGAAGCAACUUAUACCAAUAAGAAACACCAAAACUAAAGAAAAAGUGGAGAGAGCCAUAGAGGGUGCACAAAGGGCAGCUGCUAUGGCAAGAACCAAAGUGGAAAUUGCAUCUUCAAGAACGGCACAUGCAAGAGCUAAAGCUGAUGCUGCGGAUCAGGCUGCUCAGGCUGCUCGCCAGGAAAGUGAUAUUGCAAGAGCAGUUGCCAGAGAACUUUCACCAAGUUUCUACCAACCAGGCCCUGAUUAUAUCAAACAAAGAUUUCAAGAAAGCGUGGAGGUAAAAGAAAACCCUGAAGAAAAGGUUCAAGAAAAAACACCUUCCCCCAAAGAGUCUCCUCAUUUUUAUCGAAAAGGCACCACACCUCCUAGGACACCUGAAGUAAGCCCAAAGCACAGUUCUCCUCUUCCAUCUGAGCCUUCCCCUACUAAACAAUUGAAAAGACAAAACUCCAGCUCAAAGGUCAGACUCACUCAAGAAAAAAAGAGUUUAGCUAGUGAGACUGUAACAGCCGUGGUCAACAAGCCUCUAUAUUCAAAAGUACCCAUGAAGGAGGAGAUAGUGGUGAAACAUCAGCCAAAGUUUUCAGCCCACCACAAUCCCAUCAGCGCAGAGAAUGGGGAACUGCAUGGUCAUUACCAUGGCUACUACGUAAAAAUGAAUCCAACACUGCUUCCACAUGAGCUCAGGGAGGAGGAUGAAGAUGUCAACCCAUCACCUUCAGCACUCACACGGAUACCAACUCCACAGAAGCCAAGUCCUGCCAGAUCUGUGACUAAUCCAGAUGCCAAAGAAAGCAAAUCUGAUACAAAAGUAAAGAAACCUGAACUUGCUGCACCAAAGAAUUCCGCUAAUAAUGAGUCCCAUUCUUCAGCAGAAAAAGAAGUGGAAAUCCAUUCGCUUCAGAAUCAACCUAACAGAUCAACUUCAUCACCCAGGGUCCUAACUCAGUCUUGAUUGCCCUGGUAAUGCUGUUGAAUAUUGGUUUAGCCAUUCUUUUUGUCCAUUUUCUAACUUGACUGGAAUUAGAGAAGUGAAGUCAUGACAACUAGUGGUGUUAGCCCACAAUUCUCUGCAGUUGUCUCAUCAGCCUUUUAAAUGGCACCAGUCGUACUCAGACACAGGGAAGGAGGCUUGGAAUUAGGAUGGGACGCAAGAGAGAUGACACUUGGAAAAUUCAGCCAGGGGCCUGAUCUGUUUCUCUGCUGAUGAUUUGUGGCUUUGGGGUCCUUUGGAAGCUGAAGCAAGCAGCCAUGUUGGAAAACAACAACAAAAAUCUGCUGAAGCAGCCCAACCAGUGAAGUGCAUUGGCUACUCCAUCUGUUCCAGCAGUGUGUGACUAAACUGGAAAUGUACGGAGCUGCACUUUUUGUUGAUGGGAGCUAACAGCUGCCUUAUUAUUUUACCGUCUGAUGUUUUUAGUAGGGAGAUCGGAAAACGACUGCCAGAGGAAUGUGGUCAGAGGAUUCAGUUGCUGUGGAAGUGAUUCCAGCGUUCACUCCUAUCUCAUUAGAAGAAAUAGUUAGCAGCAUCACUCACCAGUCUUAUUCCAUUACCUGCUGCUUUUAACAUCUCCUGCAAUGGUCAGGGAGAUUGAAUUUCAUUUGCUAGUGCAUGAUUCUGUUUUUGCUGCUGUUUUAAACCUGAUGUAUAGCCAUAAUAUAGUAUGUAGAGCAACCUGGAGAAAUGUACUAGUUGCAUCUAGCAGCAGAAGCUAAAAUCUGUUAUACAUAUAUAUAUUUUUUUAUCUGAAGGUACAAUUCUUGAAACUUGUUUUCCUAAAUUAUUAAGGUUUAGCAGGUAAUAUACAGUAAUGGCAAAGUUUUAAGCUGUCCUUUUUUGCUUCCAAAAAAAUGCUCAAAUGCUUGGGUCAAUAGCAAGCCAAUUUAUAAUACCGUGAGAAUCUUCAGGCAGUACCAAUACAUUAGAUAAAGGAGGCAGAAUAUCUUGAGAAAUAAGAUUCAAGUGUUGCAUGGUUUUUCUCCGACACCAGUGUUGUGGUAAUCGGUGAUUUGAAUGAUUAUAUUUUAAUACUGGGAUUUUUGCCAGCAGUUAAAGACAAGUCUUGUCCAAGUGGACAGUAAUGCCAAUGAAAGCUCAGCUAGUUACUACACACAAAAUUAUUAUUAAUUUUAAAAUACUAGCUUUGUGUUGAAUACAUUCAGGUAGAGCAUUUAGAUCCUUUAAAAUGAUUGUUUAUCAAUUUGAUGCCUUUAAUGUCUUUAAAGUCCGUAUAUAAUUUUACCUCAACAACAACAAAAGAAAGAGCCACAGAAAUUGUCAUUUGGAACAUUUGUCUUAAGUUGUUUUACAGUCCUAUGUUAUGCUGAUGUGAUCAGUGUUUUUUUCAUGUGCCAUUACACUGUAAUUACUGUACCCUAUAUUACUCAAAAGCAUGCUUCUUUACUUACAGAAGUUUAUGUGGUGUGAUCAUUUUAAAUUAAAAUAUUUACUUUCAAAUCAAAAAUAGAAAAGGGCUUGGAAUAUGGUUUAUUUUAUCUCUAUUAGAAAAGAUUUCAUAAUUUUUAGUUUUUGAACAUGUUUGUAAACUUUAUAAUUGUUUGCAUGGUUUAAUGGAGAAGUUUCUUAAAAGCUACAUUUGGUAUCUUUUGAUGCAGCACAUAAAGUAACAUAGGUAUGAAAUGAAUAUUAUGUAGCCUGAUACAGCUUAGUGCAGGGCAGUAACACGCUGUUUUAUGCAAAAGUAUGUUGAGAAUCCUGUGGUUUGACCUGUGUGGAAGAAAGCCGACAGAGAGGAAAGGAAAAUAACUGGUAUAUUUAUUCAUUUUUUAAAAUAAGUAAGAUCAUGUUUUACUUUUAAAUUUAAGAAAGUAAUUUUAAAAUUACUGUAAGCCUUGAUGUAAGGAUAAAUGCUCCUGCCCACCCCAUGUCUCCUUACAAAGAGAACUAAUUUUGUAACUGACAUUUAAUUCUUAUUCAAUGUUUAUUUAAAAUACUUGAUGCUCUGAAAAUGGGGUAACAAUCAGCUUCUGAAAGUGUUUAUAAAUUUAAGCAUGUUAGUACAAUUUAUAAAUAUGUAUGAUUUAUAAGCUUUUCUAAAACAAAGCUCAAAAAUUGUUGGUAUUUUUCUAAAAUGUGCACAGCUGUAUUUUACAUGAAAGGCUAUUUAUAAUUGGUUGUUAUACUGUACACUACAUUUCGGACAGCACAUGAAGCCUGCCAAUGUACUUAAUAAUGUCACUUUGUCUAUUUAAAGUUUCUUGCUGUGAAAAAAAUGAACUCUUUAUGUAGGAGUUUCUCUAUUUAUAAAAGUCUUGAACCCAAAAUGUAUAACGUACAGUUUCCACAACUGUAUUUGCUUUAAUAAAAAGUUGGUUAUUAAGA